AUGAAGCCCACAGAGUCUAUGGGUGAGUACAUCGCCCGCUUUAACGUCGGCACCUCGGCCCUUCGUUGGCCCGACACCCUCAAGAUCCAGUUCAUGCGCAACCGGCUGCCUGUAUGGUGGCGCGACAUGACCGCCAUGAAAGUCUUAGAGUCUAGCCUCACCUACCUUGACUUCUGUCAAACCCUUCGUCUCCUCGAACAGUCCAACCCACAACGAGCCACUACAACUGGCAACCGUAGAGGAAAUCAGAGUUUAGAAGGUGGCGGGGGCGGCGGAGCAGGCGGCAAUAAGUCCACUCCCUCUAACGGACCCCGGAACGGUGGAUCCAGCUCGGGAUCUGGCCCCCGUGGCCGCUCUGACAUCCAGGUCAAGGUCCUCCGUCACUUAAAUCGUUGUUUCAACUGUCUUAAGAAGAAUCACACCUUUAAGGCUACAGGAGGUUACUGCUCUAAGGAGCCGGUCGCCUCUUUUGACUCGUACCCCGAAGUUCAGGACGCUCUUGAGAAGGCUAUUGCUAACAAUGGCGUACCCGUCGGAGAGCCAGCCCGCCCUAAGGUCAAGGGCGCCGCAGCUAGCGGACCUCCCCGGCAUGAGAAGCCACCCCCAGUACAACCACCAGCACAUCCCCUAAUUCCCCCUGCCCCUUCUGUCGAAGACAGCGAAGAAGAAGAGGAGUUACAUCCUAACCGCUUUGUCGACGAUUCUUUGACCCUAGCCCUUUCCCCUACCGUAGAAGUCAGCUCUGACGAUGAGUCCGACCCGGAUCCAACCACAGUCCGCAACAAUCAAUUAAGUGGGUCCUAG